CUGGAAAGGUCCUGGGAGGUGGGGACAGCCCCAGGCUGCAGCUGCCGCAGCGCCUGGGGGAGCUGAAGGGGAGGAGGACGCUGCCACCCGCAGCCUCCCGGAGCGCACUGCAGCCCCGACGGUGGACAACCCCGAGGAGCCGGGGGACGCUCGCUCUGCUGAGGCAGCCCUACUCACCCCUGGGUGGUGGCGGCGGGCAGGAGCAGGAAAGGAGCCAUGCUUCCAGGUUGCCCUUGCCUCUGGGUCCUCCUGGUCUUGGGCACCAGCUGGGCAGGCUGGGGGAGCCCAGGGGCUGAGGUAGCGCGGCUAAGGCAGUUCUACGUGGCUGCUCAGAGCAUCAGCUGGAACUACCACCCUGAGCCCACACACACUAGUUUAAAUUCUUCUGCAACCUCCUUUAAGAAAAUUGUCUACAGAGAGUAUGAAGCAUAUUUUCAGAAAGAAAAACCACGAUCCAGAACUUCAGGACUUCUUGGGCCUACUUUAUAUGCUGAAGUUGGAGACAUCAUGAAAGUUCACUUUAAGAAUAAGGCAGACAAGCCCUUAAGCAUCCAUCCUCAAGGAAUUAAGUACAGUAAAUUCUCAGAAGGUGCUUCUUACCCUGACCACACAUUCCCUGUGGAAAGGAUGGAUGAUGCGGUGGCUCCGGGCCAAGAGUACACCUACGAGUGGAGUAUCAGUGAGGACAGUGGGCCCACACACGAUGACCCUCCAUGCCUCACACAUAUCUACUACUCCUAUGAAAAUCUGAUACAGGACUUCAACUCUGGGCUGAUUGGACCUCUGCUUAUUUGUAAGAAAGGCACCCUAACUGAGGAUGGGAUUCAGAAGAUGUUUGACAAGCAACAGGUACUGAUGUUUGCUGUGUUUGAUGAAAGUAAAAGCUGGAACCAGUCAUCAUCCCUAAUGUACACAGUCAAUGGCUACGUGAAUGGGACAAUACCAGAUAUAACAGUUUGUGCCUAUGAUCACAUCAGUUGGCAUCUGAUUGGAAUGAGCUCUGGACCAGAACUGUUCUCCAUUCAUUUCAAUGGCCAGGUCCUGGAGCAGAACCAUCAUAAGAUCUCAGCCAUCACUCUCGUCAGUGCUACAUCCACUACUGCGAACAUGACUGCGAGCCCACAAGGAAAGUGGAUCAUAUCUUCUCUCAUCCCAAAACAUUUUCAAGCUGGGAUGCAGGCUUACAUAGACAUUAAAAACUGUGCAAAGAAAACCAGGAAUCCUAAGAAACUAACCCGAGACCAGAGGCGGCACAUUAAGAGGUGGGAAUACUUCAUUGCUGCAGAGGAAGUCAUUUGGGACUAUGCACCUGUAAUACCAGCAAACAUGGACAAAAAAUAUAGGUCUCUGCAUUUGGAUAAUUUCUCAAACCAAAUUGGAAAACAUUAUAAGAAGGUUGUCUACAAACAGUACCAAGAUGAGUCCUUCACCAAACGCAUCGAGAAUCCCAAUAUCAAAGAAGAUGGGCUCUUGGGCCCUGUUAUCAGAGCCCAGGUCAGAGACACACUUAAAAUCGUGUUCAAAAAUAUGGCCAGCCGCACCUACAGCAUUUAUCCUCAUGGAGUGACCUUCUCUCCUUAUGAAGAUGAAAUCAACUCUUCCUCCACCUCAGGCAGUAACACCAUGAUCAGAGCAGUUCAACCAGGGGAAACCUACACUUACAAGUGGAACAUCCUAGAGUCUGAUGAACCCACAGAAAACGAUGCUCAGUGCUUAACAAGACCAUACUACAGUAAUGUGGACAUCACACGGGACAUUGCCUCCGGGCUGAUAGGGCUACUUCUAAUUUGUAAGAGCAGAUCCUUGGAUAAGCGAGGCAUACAGAGGGCAGCAGACAUUGAGCAGCAGGCUGUGUUUGCUGUGUUUGAUGAAAACAAGAGCUGGUACAUCGAGGACAACAUCUACAAAUUUUGUGAAAAUCCCGAGGGGGUGAUCCGCGAUGACCCCAAGUUUUAUGAGUCAAACAUCAUGAGCACUAUCAAUGGCUAUGUGCCUGAUAGCAUACCUACACUAGGAUUCUGCUUUGAUGACACUGUCCAGUGGCACUUCUGCAGUGUGGGAACCCAGAAUGAUAUUUUGACCAUUCACUUCACCGGGCACUCAUUCAUCUAUGGAAAGAGGCAUGAGGACACCUUGACCCUUUUCCCCAUGCGUGGGGAAUCUGUGACCGUCCCAAUGGAUAAUGUUGGAACUUGGAUGUUAACUACCAUGAAUUUCAAUCGAAGAAGCAAAAAACUACGGCUGAGAUUCAGGGACGUUAAGUGUAUCCGGAAUGAGGAGGAUUCAUAUGAGAUCACUUACGAAUAUUUAGCAUCUACAGACAUGACUACAAGGAAAAUGCAUGAUUCUUUAGAAAACAAAGAUGAAGAGGAUGAUGCUGAUUACCAGAACACACUGGCUUCAUCAUUAGGAAUUAGGUCAUUCAGAAAUUCAUCACUGAAUCAGGAAGAAGAAGAGUUGAAUCUUACUGCCCUAGCUCUGGAGAACAACUCUGAAUUCAUUCCUCCAAGUCCCAAUACAGCUGUUGGUUCAAAUUCUUCUUCCCCAGGCAACAUCAGCAGGCUUAUUGUCAAUAACUUUGCAGAACCUCAGAAAACGCUUCCUCACCCAGAAGGCACAACAGCUGGUCCUCACCUAGGACACGUUGGCUUAGACAAGACCUCAGUUCUCAACUCUCCCACAGCAGAGCAUUCCAGCCCUUAUUCUGAAGACCCUGUGGAAGAUCCUCUACAGUCAGAUAUCACAGGGAUAAGCCUGCUUCCAUUUGGUACAAAAGGAUUAAAAAGUCAAGAAUAUGCUAAACAUAAAAGAUUCAAGGCAGGAAGAGACCAAGCAGCAAAGCACAGGUCCUCCCAGAUGGAAUUCCCAGCGCAUAAAACUGGAAGACAUUUAAGCCAGGACAACAUUCCUUCCUCCAGAAUGGGAUCCUGGGAGAACCUUCCCAGUGAUCUGUUACUCUUACAACAAAAGGAUCCGUCUAAGAUUUUGAAUGGGAAAUGGCAUUUGGUUUCUGAGAAAGGUAGUUAUGAAAUAAUCCAAGAUGCUGAUAAAGACACAGCCAUUGAAAAGCUGCCAAACAGCACCCAGAAUGCCUCAAGGACUCAGGCAGAAAACAUCCCUUUUACAAAGAAGCAUGGAAAGCAGAGUGAUCACCCAAAGUUUUCUGUAACUAGACAUAAGCCUCUACAAGAAAGACAAGAUGAAGGAAAUAGUAGAUUGAAGAAAGGCCCUUUUUUAAUUAGGACACGAAAAAAGAAAAAGGAAGAGAAAUCUGCACACCAUGUUCCUCUAUCUCCAAGGAGUUUUCGCCCUCUAAGUGGACAGUCCAACACCCCAUUUUCAGACAGGAGACUCAGUCAUUCAUUGUUACUCCAUAAGUCCAAUGAAACAUCUCUUCCAACAGACCUCAAUCAGACAUUCCCCUCUAUGAAUCUUAGUCUGAUAGCCUCACUUCCUGACCAUAUUCAGAACCCCACAAAUGACACCGGUCACACAAGCUCCCCUCUGGAUCUUUAUCAGACAGUGCCCCCAGAGGAACGCUAUGAAACAUUCCCUAUUCAAGACUCUGAUCCAACGCACUCCUCUACUGUCCCCAGUCACAGAUCUUUUCCUCCAGAGCCCAGCCAGGUACCCAACUAUGACCUAAAAAACGAGGCCUUCCCGACUAAUGUUAAUCAAAUGCUCCCCUCCUUGAAACUUGAAGUCUGGCAGACAGUCAAUUCUCCAGAACUCAGUCAACCAUCCCUCUCUUCAGACCUCAGCCAGACAACCCUUUCCACAGACCUCAUCCAGGGGACUCUCUCUCCAGACCUCAUCCAGGAGACUCUCUCUCCAGAUCUCAUCCAGGAGACUCUCUCUCCAGACCUCAUCCAGGAGACUCUCUCUCCAGACCUCAUCCAGGAGACUCUCUCUCCAGAUCUCAGCCAGGAGACUCUCUCUCCAGAUCUCAUCCAGGAGAUUCUCUCUCCAGACCUCAUCCAGACAACCCUUUCCCCAGACCUGGGUCAGCUGCCCCUUUCCUCAGACCUCAGCCAGGCAACUCUCUUAUCAGACAUCAGUCAGACACCCCUUUCUCCUGAUCUCAGGCAGACAUCACCUCCUCUAGACCUUGAUCAGACAUCCUAUACUUCUGAAUCUAGUCAGUCACUGCCUCCACUAGAAUUUGAUCAGAUUUUCCCUUAUCCAGAUCUUGGUCAGAUGCCAUCUUCUCCACCACAUUCUACACUAAAUAGCACUUUUAUACCAAGGGAAUUUAAUCCACCAGUUGUAGUAGGGCUCAGUAGAGAUGAUGGAGAUUACAUUGAGAUUAUUCCAAGGCAGAAGGAAGAGAACAGUGAAGAAGACUAUGUUGAAGAUUAUUACGUGGCCUAUGAUGACCCUUACCAUACUGAUCUGAGGAUCAACAUUAACUCCUCCAGAAAUCCUGACAACAUUGCAGCAUGGUACCUUCGCAGCAACAAUGGGAACAGAAAACAUUAUUACAUUGCUGCUGAAGAACUGUCCUGGGAUUAUUCAAAAUUUGCACACAGUGAAGACGAUGACGUUCCAAAGGACACCAUAUACAAGAAAGUAGUUUUCCGAAAGUACCUUGAUAGCACUUUUACCCAACUUGAUCCUCGCGGGGAGUAUGAAGAGCAUCUUGGCAUUCUUGGCCCUAUCAUUAGAGCUGAAGUGGAUGAUGUUAUCCAAGUUCGUUUUAAAAAUUUAGCUUCCAGACCAUAUUCUCUUCAUGCCCAUGGGCUUUCCUAUGAAAAAUCAUCAGAGGGAAAGACUUAUGAAGAUGACUCUCCUGAAUGGUUUAAGGAAGACAACGCUAUUCAGCCAAACAGCAGUUAUACCUACGUAUGGCAUGCCACUGAGCGGUCAGGGCCAGAAAAUCCUGGCUCGGCCUGUCGGGCUUGGGCCUACUACUCAGCAGUGAACCCAGAAAAAGAUAUCCAUUCAGGCUUGAUAGGGCCCCUUCUGAUCUGUCGAAAAGGAAUACUUCAUAAGGAGAGCAACAUGCCUGUGGACAUGAGAGAAUUUGUCCUACUUUUUAUGGUCUUUGAUGAAAGGAAGAGCUGGUACUAUGAAAAGAAGCCCACAAGGUCUUGGAGACUCGCAUCCUCAGAAGUGAAAAACUCCCAUGAGUUUCAUGCCAUUAAUGGGAUGAUCAACAACUUGCCGGGCCUGAGAAUGUACGAGCAAGAGUGGGUGAGGCUGCACCUGCUGAACGUAGGCGGCCCCCAAGACAUUCAUGUGGUUCACUUUCAUGGCCAGACCUUGCUGGAAAAUGGCACUCAACAGCAUCAGUUAGGGGUCUGGCCCCUUCUGCCUGGCUCAUUUAAAACUCUUGAAAUGAAGGCAUCAAAACCUGGCUGGUGGCUCCUAGACACAGAGGUUGGAGAAAACCAGAGAGCAGGGAUGAAAACACCAUUUCACAUCAUAGACAGAGAAUGUAAGAUGCCAAUGGGACUAAGCACUGGUCUCAUAGCUGAUUCACAGAUCAAGGCUUCUGAGUCUUUGGAUUAUUGGGAACCCAAAUUAGCGAGAUUGAACAAUGGUGGGUCAUAUAAUGCUUGGAUCACAGAAAAACCUUCAAAGGAAACUGCCUUUAAACCUUGGAUCCAGGUGGACAUGCAAAGGGAAGUCCUAUUUACAGGCAUUCAGACCCAAGGUGCCAAACACUACCUGAAGUCCUACUACACCACCGAGUUCUGUGUUGCUUACAGCUCUGACCAGACAAACUGGCGGAUCUUCAAAGGGAACAGCACAAGUAACGUGAUGUAUUUUGAUGGCAAUUCAGAUGCCUCUACAAUAAAAGAGAAUCCAUUUGACCCACCUAUUGUGGCUAGAUAUAUCAGAAUCUCUCCAACUAGAUCCUAUAACAGACCUGCCCUUCGACUGGAGCUGCAAGGUUGUGAGGUUAACGGAUGCUCCACACCGCUGGGUAUGGAAAGUGGAAAGAUAGAAAACCACCAAAUCACAGCUUCCUCCUUUAGAAAAUCUUGGUGGGGAGAUUACUGGGAACCCUUCCGUGCCCGUCUUAAUGCCCAGGGUCGUGUGAAUGCCUGGCAAGCCAAGGCAAACAACAACAAUCAGUGGUUACAAAUUGAUCUGCUCAAAAUCAAGAAGAUAACUGCCAUUGUAACACAGGGUUGCAAGUCUCUGUCUUCUGAAAUGUUCGUGAAGAGCUAUACCAUCCAGUACAGUGACCAGGGAGUGGAAUGGAAACCUUACAGGGAGAAAUCCUCUUCGAUGGUGGACAAGAUUUUCGAAGGAAAUAGUAAUAUCAAAGGACAUGUGAAGAACUUUUUCAACCCACCAAUCAUUUCCAGGUUUAUCCGCAUCAUUCCUAAAACAUGGACUCAAAGUAUUGCACUUCGUGUGGAACUCUUUGGCUGUGAUAUUUACUAGAAUUGAAUAUUCAAAAAGACAGGUGGAACUCAAAAAUAUCAAACCAUUUAGAGUGGGGCAAUGUAUUUUAUAGCUAUUUUAAAUGUUAAACAUGUCCCACUAUUUCCUUUUUUUCUAUCAGAGAAUAAAAUUUUAUAUGUGAAAUCUU